AUGUCUGAGCAGGAAAGUAAGCCGGAUAGUGGGGUAAAGCCAAUGCAAAAGUUUUCUAUCUUUACCGGUAUACAGUAUGGAACUACUGCAGCUGCUACAUUAUUAUUUAUAAGAGCUUGUACUAACCGUUUCCUCACUCAUAGACAACGAGGUUCCAACGUAAUAGGAUCAAUCGGUUUUAAAACUAUCAAAGCUCAGAAUUAA